GAGCGUCUCUUGCUSUCCAUCCUGCCCAAGCAUAUAGCAGACGAGAUGUUACAGGACAUGAAGAAGAAAGAAGCCAGUCAAACAGGACAGAAGGAGAAGCAGCAGUUCAACACCAUGUACAUGUAUCGCCACGAAAARGUCAGUAUUUUGUUUGCAGACAUUGUGGGAUUCACUCAGCUGUCAUCAUCAUGCAGUGCCCAUGAGCUGGUCAAGCUCCUCAAUGAACUGUUUGCCCGCUUUGACAAGCUGGCUGCCAAAUACCACCAGUUGAGAAUAAAGAUCCUGGGCGACUGUUACUACUGCAUCUGUGGCCUGCCAGACUACAGAGAGGACCACGCUGCCUGCUCCAUCCUGAUGGGCCUGGCCAUGGUGGAGGCCAUUUCGUAUGUUCGUGAGAAGACCGGGACAGAUGUGGACAUGCGUGUGGGGGUACACACUGGCACUGUCCUGGGGGGCGUCCUGGGACAGAAGCGGUGGCAGUAUGACGUCUGGUCCACUGACGUCACCGUGGCCAAUAAGAUGGAGGCGGGAGGAAUACCGGGGCGUGUGCACAUCUCCCAAGCCACCAUGGAGUGUCUGCACGGGGAGUUUGAUAUGGAGCCGGGGAACGGGGGCGACCGCUGUGAGUACCUGAAGGAGAGGGGCAUCGACUCCUACCUGGUGGUGGUGCCCAAGGGCCCCCUGGGAAAGAGGGCAUCACGGGGUGUUGUCUGUGAUGUCGUCCAAUGGGACUCUCCAUUGUUGAUCAACACCACUGAGUGUAAUGGGAGUGUCCACACAGCCUGCACCACACCAGACGAGCCAGAGGAGCUGGACACACGGGUGGUGAACCCUUCGUUCCCCAACCCUCGGCGGAGGCUAAGACUGCGGGACCUGGCCGAGAGGGUGAUUGAUGCCCAAGAGAACGAACAGGAGCUCAACAAACUGCUCAAUGAGGCACUGCUGGAGAGAGAGACCGUACAAGCUCUGAAGGGGAAACGGACCAACCGUCUGUCCCUGCGCUUUGUGGACCCUGAGCUGGAGACCCGCUACUCCGUAGAAAAGGAGAAGCAGAGCGGAGCUGCCUUCAGCUGCUCCUGUGUGGUGCUCCUGUUCACUGCAGCCAUGGAGGUCCUCAUAGACCCUCGGAUGAUAGCAAACUACGUGACCCUAGCUGUGGGAGAGGUCCUGCUGCUCGUCCUAACUGUCUGCUCUCUGGCGGCCAUCUUCCCUCGAGUUUUCCCUAAGAGGCUGGUGUCUUUCUCCACAUGGAUCGACCACACCCGCUGGGCACGGAACACUUGGGCCAUGGCAGCAAUCUUCAUCCUCACCAUGGCCGACAUUGUGGACAUGCUGAGCUGUCCCCGUCCCUCUGGAAACGCCACAAUGGCUCCUCCUUCCUCUGUUGUCCAAUCCGGGCCAGAGGGCUGUCUGGACAACCCCAAGUACUACAGCUACAUCGCCGUGCUGGCACUCAUGGCAACCACCAUGCUGGUACAGGUCAGCCACAUGGUCAAGGUCACACUCAUGCUCCUCAUCACCAUAGCGACGGGCAUCGUCAACAUCUACAGCUGGAGGGACAUUUUUGACCGCUACGAUAUGGCCCGCUUCCAGGACUACAGGUCUUAUCUGGUUCCCUCCAAAUAUGCCAUGACUAUCAUGAUCUUCGUCAUGAUGAUCAGCUUCUACUACUUUUCUCGACAUGUGGAGAAGCUAGCCCGUACUCUGUUUUUGUGGAAGAUUGAGGUCCACGAGCAGAAGGAGAAGGUGUAUGAGAUGAGGCGCUGGAACGAGGCGCUGGUCACGAACAUGCUGCCAGAGCACGUAGCGCGCCACUUCCUGGGCUCCAAGAAAAGGGACGAGGAGCUGUACAGCCAGUCAUAUGAUGAGAUUGGUGUGAUGUUCGCCUCCAUCCCCAACUUCUCGGACUUCUACACAGAGGAGAGCAUCAACAAUGGGGGGAUUGAGUGCCUCAGGUUCCUCAACGAAAUCAUCUCCGAUUUUGACAGCCUUCUGGACGAGUCUCAGUUCCGCUGCAUCACCAAAAUCAAAACCAUUGGCAGCACCUACAUGGCAGCGUCAGGGGUCACUCCCGACGUCAGCAACGGCUACGCCUGUCUGAAGAAAGAGGAGCUGACCGACAGGGAGCGCUGGCAGCAUUUGGCAGAUCUGGCUGACUUUGCUCUGGCCAUGAAGGUCACGCUCAUGAACAUCAACUACCAGUCCUUCAACAACUUCAUGCUACGCAUAGGUUUGAAUAAAGGGGGGGUGCUGGCAGGAGUGAUUGGUGCCCGGAAGCCUCACUAUGACAUCUGGGGCAACACUGUGAAUGUGGCCAGUCGCAUGGAGUCCACAGGGGUCAUGGGUAACAUCCAGGUGGUGGAAGAUUGCUACCACAUCUUGAAGGAGUACGGAUUCCGUUUUGUAAGGAGGGGACCUAUCUUUGUGAAGGGGAAAGGAGAGCUGCUUACCUACUUUCUGAAGGGUAGAGAAAAACAGGGCUCCUUCAUCAACGGCUCCUCGGUCACCCUGCCACACCAAGUGGUGGACAACUCCUGACCUGCGUGUCAAUGCUCACAGAAACACACACGCAUAAUCAGAAACAUACAUUCUAAUGUAUAAGUGAGAUCUGAAUUCAUGCUUAUACCAACACUCUUUCAGAAUUGCAAAGUAUGUAAGAGGAUAUGUACAUCUUGCAAAGAAAGAAGGGUUGUCCCGCCUCCCCAACCCUGCCUGUUCAAAUAUUUUUUUUUGGCAAACUACAAAGCUUUUCAAAAUAGUGCUCAGCUUUUUGCACUACAGACUUAUGAACACAUAUCACGCUACUGUAUAGUCACCCAUAUUUACACACAGUCUUAGACAAACACAUCUUAUUCAGAAACACAGUCUGACAAACACACAGUCGUGUAUUCACUACAAUGCCAUCCUUACCACGCACUCAAGCCAGAUGCAUCAUGGCUGUUGGACUAAAUGCCUCAUUUUGAAUACUCUCCCCCUUUUACAAAAUACUUUAUAUUUGGGGAAAUAAUGGAUUUCAUUGUGUUUGUUACAGUAUCUCCAAACUGCUUGGAGAUGGAGAUGACCUGAGAUAAGAUGGUAGAGUGUUUGAGGGUUAAUAU